AUGGAGGAGGGCCCUCUGGUGGGCGGGCUGCCCAGCCCGGAGGAUGCGAUGGUGACCGAGCUCUUCAACGCUGAGAGUCCGUUCGUUUCGGAGAAUAUCGGCCUGAAGGUCCCCGUGAAGCUCGAGGAGGACGAGUUCCACGUCUUCAAAGACGCGUACCUGGGCCCGGCGGACCCCAAAGAACCCCUACUGCACGCGUUCAACGCCGCGCUGGGAGCCGACUGCCAGGGCCAGGUCAAGGCGGAGCUCCCGGGGGCCGACAGCGAAGGCGGGGAGCUCCUCGGGGAAUACGCCGGGAUCCCCGAGCUCAGCGCGCUGGAGGACGUCGCGCUCCUGCCGGCCCCCCCGCCGCCCACCUGCAACGUGCACUUCCUGUCCUCGCUGCUGCCCCCGCACCGCACCUCCGCGGUGCUGCCACUGGGCGCCUGGGUCCGGGAAGGAGCCGCCCACCCGGGCGUCCGGGUGUUCCCAGUUGAAAUCAAAGAAGCAGGUGGCACUAUUACAAGUAAUAAUCCGGAAGAAGCAACUUUCCAGAAUCUCCUUGCUCAGGAGUCCUGCUGCAAGUUCCCAUCGUCCCAGGAACCAGAGGACACCUCCUGCUGUUCUCAUAAGAAAGAUUCCAACCCAAUGGUAAUAUGCCAGUUGAAAGGGGGCACACAAAUGCUGUGUAUAGACAAUUCUGGAACAAGAGAACUAAAAGCACUCCACUUGGUUCCUCAGUAUCAAGAUCAAAAUAGCUAUCUACAGUCAGAUGUCCCUAAACCAAUGACUGCUUUAGUAGGAAGAUUUUUGCCAGUACCAGCAAAAUUAAAUCUCAUUACACAACAACUUGAUAAGGGAGCCUUAUCAUCAGUAGUCAACGGGUCUGCUUUCCCCUUGGGAUCAACUCUUCCAGGACCACCAAAAAUAACUUUGGCUGGGUACUGUGACUGCUUCACCAGUGGGGACUUUGGCAACAACUGCAAUUGUAAUAACUGUUGCAACAACUUGCAUCAUGAAAUUGAACGGUUUAAAGCCAUUAAGGCAUGUCUUGGUAGAAAUCCAGAAGCUUUCCAGCCCAAAAUUGGGAAGGGCCAGCUGGGCAACGUCAAGCCCCGGCACAGCAAAGGGUGCAGCUGCAGGAGGUCGGGCUGCCUGAAGAACUACUGCGAGUGCUGUGAGGCCAAGAUGAUGUGUUCUUCUGUUUGUAAAUGCAUUGGUUGCAAAAAUUAUGAAGAAAGCCCAGAACGAAAGACGCUAAUGAGCACGCCAAACUACGUGCAGACUGGAGGUUUGGAGGGCAGCCAUCAUUUGUCACCGACUAAAUUUCCAGGACUUCCAAAAUUCAGGAAAGAUAGGCGGCCUCCCUCCUGCAUCUCCUGGGAGGUGGUGGAGGCCACGUGCGCCUGCCUGCUGGCUCAGGGCGAAGAGGCUGAGAAAGAGCACUGCUCCGAGUGCCUGGCACAGCAGAUGAUCCUGGAGGAAUUUGGAAGGUGCUUAUCCCAGAUUCUCCACAUUGAGUUUAAAUCCAAGGGGUUGAAAAUGGAGUAGAGUAACGUGUGAAUGCAUGUUGAUUCUUAGUCUAGAAAUCACUAGUUUAGAAAGGUUGUUUACUCUGCAGCAACAAGCAGGCCCCCCGCAUCCCUGGGCCCAGAGCGCACUCUGAGCUCUCUGAACAUGUGGCAACCCACGCCCCCUUUUCUGAGCAGGUGCGUGGCCUGAGCACUGUCUCUCUAGCCCAGAGGGAACGCUUGAGUUCCCCAAGUCCUGGGAGAGUGUCUGCAGGGCAGGGGAGGGCGGAGCCGGCCCUGGGGAGAGCUCACUCCUGUGGACUCAUCCUCUCUGAGAAUGUUCCUCUGGAGGCUGCUCUGCAUAAAAACCCUAAUGGUAUCUUGUUUGCUCUUCAAAUUAUUUAGAAAUAAAUUCUCCAGAUGGGCUGUUAUGCCACCACUUAAAAUCUCUAAAGAACUACUCAAUACCGAAAGAUUGUCUGUAGUGUAGACAUUCCCCCAGAGGCACACAAACUGUCAGUCUUUUCCACCGCCCCGGGAGACGCAGGCCAUGGGGCCACACAGGCCUGGCUUGCGUCAGCAUGUCUUGGUUUAAGGGACUUAAAAUUAUCGAGUUUCUUCUGUGUUUCUACUUGAAUUGUGGUAAAGCUCUAUUAUCCAAUUAACUUCUCCAUAAUUAUUGUUGUAAUAUUAUUGUUUGUAAAAUAUGGUUCACAAAACUAGCUUGCAGAAACCAGCAGGUAAAAUGAAUUAGUAAGUUGAUGCUUUUGGUUCUGUUAUAAAGCAAAGUUGAAUAAAAAGUUUCAGUGUCUUC